UGCCUUAACACUCUGACUAUAUUCCAUUCUCUGUAUUCCCUAGCCUUACUUUCUUUCUUAACACAGUCCAGACUUCAUCCUUGAUUAUUUAUAUUAUCUUGACAGUCCAAGUGACACUUCUUCCCUGCACUUAGUGCUACCUGGAAAACACCCAACCAUGAACUAGGGUUUGAUCUUCGCUGCCACUUCAUACAAGCAGUGACUCGAAAAGGUCAAUCAAAAUGAAGCUUCUGAUUUGGGUCUGCAUCCUAUGUGUCGCUUUUGCAAAGAGGAAGCGGUUCCAUGUCAUUGAUGAGAAAUUUUUCUCAUCCACUGACGAGGGUUACAAAGACCAGCGACAGCCACUGAACCCUUCUCUGAAUAUUCCUUAUCCCAUACGCAACAAUGAUUUCUCCUCUCCAGAGAAAAGUCACCAUAAUUACCCUGAGAAUCCUAACUCUGACACAGGGGCACCCCCAAACUCCUGGAUUCUCAAUAAUCCUGGAGCCAGUUUUUACAACAUUCCUAAUAUUCCCAUACCUACUUGGUCAGCCCCUCGUCCUACUCUUCCUGGGGCCUCCGCCGUUGUACCUUUCUCAAAUAUACCUGCAGGACUUUAUGACACAUCUAGUGUGUCUGCCCCAGUAGAUUCUCACGGAGGUGUUCCUCUUGAUGUCAAAUUUACAACAGUUAAACACCCUGAAGACAAAUUUAUUCAGGAGGCUGCAGCUGAUCCUGGUGAAUUGGAGCCCACUACAGCCACACCUGCUAAAGAGGGGUCUGAUGCAGCCAAACCUGCUGCCAGAGAACCUCAAAUUUCUACUCCUUUUGACGAAGUAAACAAAUGAAACUCUCUAAGGAAGAGAUUACCAUGCAUUUGUUUCUUUACUACUGCAGAAACCAGUGAUCUCUACAACAAUUUUCUAAAGACUUCCACUCUGUUUUAUUAAAAAAAAGUUAA